AUGACCAAAAAACAUCAACGAAAAACUGAAGAAGCUGAAAGUGAGAGUAUUUCAGAGACUUCACGAAAAGCUUCAAAAAACAACUCUUUAAGAAUAAGUUCUGGUUCCGUUUCCGGAUCCCGUUCCAGCUAUGACUUAAAAGAUCUCCCUUCUGAUGCAUCUAAUUUCACAGAAGAAGAUAUUGUGGCACUUAAUGCGACCUUCAAACCGGCAGACGAGGAUGAGAUUAUCAUGCCUUAUGUUGAAGUCACGGACCCUCCGAGUCAAUACCUUCUCCCAGACAUCGGUCGUGAUGUUCUCGAAAAGCAAAAUUUUGAUGUUCGGAUGCUUAAUACUACAGAUAAAUUU